UGGUACAUUCGUUUGACCUGUCACACGUGACGCUGGAGCCAAAAUGUCUGCCCAUUCAAUGUGUUUGUAGCUGCUAGCGAAAAUGUUUUAACGUGGGAAUUGUAGUCAGAUCGUUUACUUUCUUUUCUCAGCGAAGGAUAACUAAAUCAGAUUUUUAUUAAAUGAAUGUCUAGAGAAGAAAAAUGACCUCGAUUAUAAAGCUGACGGCCGUGUCAGGGGUUCAGGAGGAGUCCGCCCUCUGCUACCUCCUUCAGGUGGAUGAAUUUCGCUUCCUCCUGGACUGUGGAUGGGAUGAAAAUUUUUCCAUGGACAUCAUAGAUGCCAUGAAGCGAUAUGUUCAUCAGGUCGAUGCCGUUCUCCUCUCGCAUCCUGACCCCAUUCACCUUGGAGCCCUCCCUUACGCCGUGGGCAAAUUGGGCCUAAACUGCACCAUCUAUGCCACCAUUCCUGUCUACAAGAUGGGUCAGAUGUUCAUGUAUGAUCUGUAUCAGUCCCGAAACAACAGCGAAGACUUCACACUUUUUACCCUGGAUGAUGUGGACAGCGCUUUUGAUAAAAUCCAGCAGUUAAAAUACUCUCAGAUUGUUAAUUUAAAAGGAAAAGGCCACGGUCUUUCCAUCACUCCUCUCCCAGCUGGACACAUGAUUGGAGGAACCAUUUGGAAAAUUGUCAAGGAUGGAGAGGAGGAGAUCGUCUAUGCGGUGGACUUCAACCACAAGAGAGAAAUCCACCUCAACGGCUGCACGUUAGAGAGCAUCAACCGACCGUCGUUACUCAUCACAGACUCCUUCAACGCUGCAUAUGUGCAACCGCGCCGCAAACAAAGAGAUGAGCAGCUGCUCACAAAUGUGAUGGAGACUCUGCGUGGAGACGGUAACGUUCUUAUUGCUGUUGAUACGGCGGGUCGCGUUCUGGAACUGGCUCAGCUUCUGGACCAAAUCUGGAGAACGAAGGAUGCUGGGCUGGGAACUUAUCCACUCGCUCUGCUCAACAACGUCAGCUAUAAUGUGGUGGAGUUCUCCAAAUCUCAGGUGGAGUGGAUGAGUGACAAACUCAUGAGGUGCUUUGAGGACAAGAGAAACAACCCAUUCCAGUUCCGACACUUGAACUUGUGCCACAGCCUGGCAGACCUCGCUCGAGUGCCCAGCCCCAAAGUUGUGCUUUGCAGCCAGCCAGACCUGGAGUCUGGUUUUUCCAGAGAACUCUUCAUCCAAUGGUGUCAAAACAGCAAGAAUUCCAUCAUCCUAACCUAUCGAACUACACCGGGAACACUGGGGCGCUACCUCAUCGACCACCCCGGAGAAAAGAUGCUCGAUCUAGAAGUCAGGAAAAGGGUGAAGCUUGAAGGAAAAGAGUUGGAGGAAUACCUGGAAAAGGAUAAGAUCAAGAAAGAAGCAGCGAAGAAACUUGAACAAGCUAAAGAGGUGGACGUGGAUUCCAGCGACGAGAGCGACAUGGAGGACGACCUGGAUCAGCCGGCCGCGGUGAAAACCAAACACCACGAUCUGAUGAUGAAGAGCGAGGGGAGCCGCAAGGGCAGCUUCUUCAAACAAGCCAAGAAAGCGUAUCCGAUGUUUCCCACGCACGAGGAGAGAAUCAAGUGGGACGAAUACGGAGAAAUCAUCAGGCUUGAGGACUUCCUGGUUCCGGAACUACAAGCCGCCGAAGAUGAAAAGAGCAAACUGGACUCUGGAAUGACGAAUGGAGACGAACCCAUGGAUCAGGAUCUGUCCGUUGUUCCCACUAAAUGUGUUUCCAACAUGGAAAAUCUAGAAAUAAGAGCUCGGAUCACCUACAUAGACUACGAAGGUCGCUCUGAUGGUGACUCCAUAAAAAAGAUCAUCAAUCAGAUGAAGCCCAGACAGCUUGUUAUCGUUCGCGGGCCUCCAGAAGCCAGUCAGGAUUUGGCUGAGUCCUGCAAGGCCUUCAGCAAAGACAUCAAAGUCUACACGCCCAAGCUGCAGGAAACGGUGGACGCCACCAGCGAGACGCACAUUUACCAGGUGCGGUUGAAAGACUCCCUGGUGAGCUCGCUGCAGUUCUGCAAGGCUAAAGACACGGAGCUGGCGUGGAUCGACGGCGUGCUGGACAUGCGCGUGGUGAAGGUGGACACCGGCGUGAUGCUGGAGGACAGAGUGAAGGAGGAGGAGGAGGAGGACGACGAGGUGCCCAUGGAGACGGCACCGGAGGACGGCAUCGACCACGACGCCACGGCGGUGGCCGCCCAGCGCGCCAUGAAGAACCUGUUCGGGGAGGACGAGAAGGAGGUGUCCGAGGAGAGCGACGUCAUCCCCACGCUGGAGCCGCUUCCUCUGACCGAGAUUCCGGGCCAUCAGGCCGUGUUCAUCAACGAGCCCCGGCUGUCCGACUUCAAGCAGGUCCUGCUGAGAGAGGGCAUCCAGGCCGAGUUUGUGGGAGGAGUGCUGGUGUGUAACAACAUGGUGGCUGUCCGCAGGACGGAGGCCGGACGCAUCGGCUUGGAAGGCUGCCUGUGUGACGACUACUACAAGAUCCGAGAGCUGCUGUAUCAGCAGUACGCUGUCGUAUAGCAGCAGCAGCAGGAGAGGAUAAAGCUGCACAAAACUGCCCCACAAAACACACAAAAAAUAAGACUUUGUACAUUUUCCUCUUGUUUUUUAUUAGUAUUUAGUUUCCAUAAGUCGAGAUGAUUUACCUGUGCAGGAAUCUCUGUGUAAACAGUCUGGAAGACAAAAUUCACCCACAAUUCUUUGGUAUUUGAUCCGUUUUGUUUCAUUAAACCUCAUUUUUCUAUAAA